GCGUACAGAAUCUCUACCCAUUCUUCUAGGGAGAAGAAUCUUACCUUUAUGUCACCUUCAUGUCAGGUCACCUGCAAUAGGUGGCUUGCCACUAUUACCAUCUCACUGGACUACCCACGCCCCUAGACUUGACAUUGCGAAAGAAGGCAAUGCUUUCUGCAUAAAUUUUGUAGACGCGUCCAGUCUCCAGUCACAUGUCGCACAGAAGAGCAUCUGCUAUUUUCUCUUCCUCUGCCUCCCCACUCUCUCAACUCCCCUCCACUUCAGUACUCCACCCUCCUCUGCUCUGAGCCGAAAGCACGAGAGCGGUUGUACAUCGAGCAAGCCGCGUCGGGAGAGCGGUUCUUGGCCAUGUCGUCCAGCGCGUCCGCCUCCGCCAUCGUCGCCGACAAGGUAAGCGGCCACCACGUACUCAAGAUCGAUGGCUUUUUAGGCAUGAUGGUCCUACCCAGCGGGGAGAGCGUCACGUCCUGCCCGUUCACGGUCGGAGACCAUCUCUGGCGAAUCAGUUGCUACCCCAAGGGGAAAGAUUUGUGGCACCGGGAGUUCAUAUCCCAGUUUGCUCUCAUCGGCGAAGAGCAGGCGAGCUUCUUCCGCAAGAAGAAUAAGCCAACAAAGGUCGCAUCGCGUAUAGAGAAGUUUGCCAGCAAAGGUGAUUCUUGGCAAUGUCUAACGUUCAUCAAGAGGACAGCGUUGGUGAAAUCCAAGUACCUCAAGGACGACUCCUUCACAAUCAGGUGCGACAUCGUCGUCUUCAAGAAGUCCUGCGCCCAAGAGGGGGCGGCAGAGCCCGCCCCACCAAGGUCCGUCUCCGUGCCGCCAUCCGACCUGAGCCACCACCUCAGCGGCCUCCUCGAGACCGGGAAGGGCGCCGACGUGGUGUUCGAGGUCGCCGGCCACAAGUUCUUCGCGCACCGCUGGCUGCUCGCGGCCCGGUCGCCGGUCUUCAAUGCGGAGCUCUUUGGGGCAAUGAAGGAGAGCGACGUCGCCGCCGGCGUGGUCCGCAUCGGCGACAUGGAGGCGGGGGUGUUCGAGGCUUUCCUCGGCUUCAUGUACACCGACUCGCUGCCGGAGAUGGCAAAGAAGGAGGAAGACGCCAUGUACCAGCAUCUCCUUGUGGCCGCGGACAGGUAUAACAUGGAGAGGCUCAAGUUGAUUUGCGAAGACAAGCUGUGCAAGAGAAUCGAUGCGAGCUCUGUGGCCAACGUGUUGGCGUUGGCUGAGCUUCACCACUGCCGUGAUCUCAAGGACGCGUUCUUCGAAUUCCUCGGCACUCCUGCAAAUCUCAGGGAGGCCAUGGCCACUGACGGCUUCGAGCAUCUGAGCACAAGCUGCCCUUCUGUUGUCAAGGAGCUGAUUGCCUUGUGCUCCGCACCUUAG